GUGUAUAAGUAUAACAGUUGUGACCGCAUGAACGCUAGAGCGAUAGGUGCUUCUCUCUGGUACUCCUGGGAAUGGAACCCACGGAAUCCCCACGUGCGUAUACAUAUUCGUCGUCCGUUUACGGUAUAUGUUCCUGGGAUUUCCAUGUAUGGAGCUGUUUGAUUCUGAAUUUCUAGGUUUUCUCAGCUUUGGAGGAUUCAUGAUUCAGCUUAGGUUAUUGAAGUUGAGGAAAAUCUAGUUUAGGUGAUUUCGCUAUCUAUAUAGAAAGAAGAAAUGGAGGCACGCCCUGCUCUAUCUGUCCAAAGCACAGGUGCUGGGCAACUCAGUAAUUGUGAUGCAUUUGGGGCUCUUUCCUCUCCUUUACAUGUUCUUCCUACAAAUCUCAAAGAUUUAUACCCCAAGUUUCCAGAGUCACAGCAGGUUUCCUUGGGGAGGGAUAUUAUCCAACAUCCUCCAGCUGUUCUAUGUCCAAUUUCUUCAGAUAGUGGAGUUGUUGGUCAUCUGCUUUCUUCAUCGUCUGGAUCAUCCGGAUUUUCUAGUGAUCUUAAAUCUUCUUAUGUUCCACCCCAUGAAAAGCACCCAAAGCAACCCUCUUUUCUUUCUCAGUCAACAACUCAUUCUUGCAUUCUUCAAGCAGCAGCGUCAAGCCAUUAUGCCCAAGAAAAUAACAACUCCUGGUGUAUAGAUUCAUUUUCUGAUUUUCUUGAUUAUCCAAUAAAUGCCCCCGUGCAGAACAGUCAGCUGGAUUACAGUAACAAUGGUGAUUGUGUAUUUACAUCUGAGGAUCUUAGUAAACACAGUGAUUGGCAGGAAUGGGCUGAGCAACUAAUCACUGAUGAUGAUGCUUUUACUCAUGAUUGGAACAAUAUUGUUGCAGAUACAUGUCCCACAGAUCCAGGGGCAAAGAUGCAAUAUCAGGCACCCAAUCAAUUUUCAAAUGUCCAAAAUCAGCAGCAUCAGGCAUCACAUCAUCCUACAGCUUUAUCUGGAGAUGCAUUAAUAGUUGGUUCUGCUUCAUCCACCAUAAGUGGUGCUACAACCAAACAACGCAUGCGCUGGACACCUGAACUUCAUGAAGCAUUUGUGGAGGCUGUCAACAAGCUUGGUGGAAGUGAAAGAGCCACUCCCAAGGGUGUCCUAAGGCUAAUGAAAGUUGAAGGUUUAACUAUUUACCAAGUUAAAAGCCACCUGCAGAAAUAUCGAACUGCCCGGUACAAACCAGAUUCAGCAGAAGGAUCCUCAGAGAAGAAGCAGACUUCUGUUGAUGAUUUGCCAUCUCUGGACUUAAAAACGGGAAUUAAGAUCACUGAAGCAUUGCGACUGCAGAUGGAAGUUCAAAAGCGACUCCAUGACCAGCUUGAGAUCCAACGAAAUUUGCAGCUGAGAAUAGAAGAGCAAGGACGACAUCUCCAGAUGAUGUUUGAGAGGCAGUGCAAGUCAAUGCCAGGUAUAGGUUUGCUCAAGGGAUUGCCAUCCACAGCAGAGAACCCCAACGAAAGUGAUCCACGAGUGCCACAGAGUGACCACCCAAAAACGGAUGAUGUAGUUAACGUAGUGACAUUGUCGGAUGACUCUCAAGUUCUGUGUGAGAAGCAAGUGGAAUGUGGGGAAGAAGUUACCGAAAUUCCAGAAAAAAUGUGGCUGGACGGAUCGUCUAAUUCUCGGGCAAUAAAACGUGCCAAAGUGGAUGAGUAAAACCGUAAUUGGUGUUUUAUGAGCAAAUGGCAUAUCCUGUCCUUUUGGAAGGUUGGCAACCAAAUUAUGCUCAAGGAGAAGAAAAAGUAAAUUUGUUGUUUGGCCAUCCAUAUAGGCAGGGUGUGUUUUGUAGGUGAAAUUAUUGGCAGCUUUAAUUUGUAGUCAGAGUCAUAGAUUAUUAUAAGUUAGAAAAUGAUGAUGACAGCACUCCAAAAUAUUUGAAGAAUGGAAAAGUAAUGAAGCUUUCAUUGCUGGUGAAGAGGUACUAUCAUUUUUGUUGGUUGGAUAUGUAAUGUAAUAUGAUGUUAAUGGCUCCUUUAGUCUGUUGUAGAAAUCACUGGCAGUUUAUAUAGCUGUGUGCAUGACAAAUUGCUUGCUUAUUUGUGACUCAA